AAUGAGUUAACGAGAUCUGAGUAAUUUGAUUUCAAUCAAUCCUAACGAUCCCCAACAAUAUUAAGACUUAUUGGCUUAUUAUAGAUCUAAAUUGGGAGAAUUUGAGAAGGAAAGAUUUGAAUGGUUGACAAAAUUGGAGGAAAUCAAAAUUCAAUAUGAGGACAAGCACCAACAGGAAUGGGAAUUGCUGAAAAGGAAAUAAGAGAUUAAAGAGUUGUAGUAAACAGUGGGAGAGGCAAAAGUAAUUAUACCGAAUUCAAGAAUUUAGUUAAUGCUAUUUGAAGAGAGACAGGCCCGAUUGAAGUUGUAAAAGGAGAAUGAUGCGCUGAAAGUGAGAGAGUUGGAAGACAAAAAGAAGAUUGCUGAAUUAAUGGCUAUGAUUGAACCCAUUGAGGAAUAAGUAGUAUUAUAAAAAGAUUUAAGACCUGAAGUAACUACAAAAUAUACAGGCGAUACAUUGGCUGUAAGAGAGAAGCAAGGAAAGUAAAUUGAAUGAAUUAAGCUAUGUAGUGUUAAGAUGCACAAUAUCAAUUAAGGGAGAAGCAUAUUAAAAACAGUUUAUAUGCCAAACGAAUAGUUGAAUGCCUAUUAAUUGGAGAAUGAAAAUUUGAAAAAAUAAGUUGAAAAUGCAGAAACUAUGUUGACCCAAUAAUUCGCAGCUUUGAGAGAGGAAUUGAGAGCAAAGGAAGUUGAAACCAAUUUAAGAAUAAAAGAGGACUAAUAAAAGUUAGAUUAAUUGGUUUAAAAAAUAUAGAAAUUAGAGAAGCAAAAUGUUGAACUUGUUAAAGGUAUAAAUCCAUGAAUAUAACGAAUUAUAGAUUGUUAUGCAUAAAAAUAAAAAUUUUAGAAUAAGGAGAAGUAAUUGUAAGAGGAUUUGGAAGUAGCAAAGUUGAAAAACAAGAAAUUGAAGAUGGAGUUGGAUUAAAUUUAAAAGAAAUACAAUAUUGAAAAUAAAACAGCCUUGGAAUUGCUUGAAAAGAAGUCUGACGAAUACAAUAAAAAAUUUAGAAGUCAAAUCAAAUCUAAAGAUGAGCAAUUGUCAAUCAUCAAAGAACAAUAUGAAUAAGUUUAGAAUAUUUAUAUAAACAAAAUCUAAUAAUUGGAAGAGAAUCUAUCCAAAUUAAUUGAGAAGUAUUAUUUUCAUCAUAAAUUAGAUAUUAAUAAUUGGAAAAGAGAAGAUCUCUAGAAAUCGAAGGGUUCAAGAAUGACAUCAAAAUUUUAACUAAAAAAGUAAAAGAUUGUGAGAAAACUCAAGUGGAAAAAUAAAAUGAAAAUAAAUCUCCAGAAGAAUUGGCUAAGUAUUAAGAGGAGGCACAAUAGAUGAAACAAUAAUUAGCCAAAGAGACUGGUAUCAUCUAUUCUUCUGGAAAGAAAAACAAUGCAAAUAAUCAACAAUAAACCAUUAAAGUUAAGAACAAUCAAUAGAAAGGGGCAUCAAAAACAAUGAAACAAUCUAAUAAACAAACCAAGAAGGGAUUUAAUAAUUAAAGUAAUAUUAAAAAUUGAUUUGUAGAUUAAACUGAUUAGAAGGAAGAUGAUGAUGCAUCUGAAUCUGUUCCAAUGCAUGAAUUGGAAGAUCUUCAACGCUAAUUAGAUGAACUAUAGUAUCAAAUGGACAAGGCAAAAAAAUAAUGA